CUUUCAACGUGAGGAUCGGUUCUGAAGAUUUAGGGAGAAGCCGAGAUGAUCCUCUAUGCAUUGCCGUUGUAGUUCUCCCAAGUCGGGAAAGCUGGGUUUCAGAAGGUCUGAUCUCUGAGAUACCGGCGGCAUACUUACUGUUAGUUAGCUUUGGGCGGCAGGCAACAUGGCGCCGACUGUGGUUGAUGAUCUCGUUGAGGCGGCGCAGUCCGUUUAUCUCACGGGCGGCUCGGAUAAGAUGGACUCCUCUUUCGCUUGGCCCGCGAAUCGAGUUCGCGAAACUUUCAACUCGUUCUUUGAAUCGAAGAACCACACGUUUGUCCCCUCCUCCCCUGUUGUUCCCGUCGAUGACCCCACUCUGCUCUUUGCCAAUGCCGGCAUGAACCAGUUCAAACCUAUCUUCCUUGGCACUGUGGAUCCCCGCUCCGCCAGGGGCAACCUUAAACGCGCUUGUAACACACAAAAAUGUAUCCGCGCUGGCGGCAAGCACAACGAUCUCGACGAUGUUGGGAAGGACACUUAUCAUCACACUUUCUUUGAGAUGCUUGGAAAUUGGUCGUUUGGUGACUAUUUCAAGAAGGAAGCUAUUGCAUGGGCCUGGGAGUUGCUCACAUCGGUGUACAAGUUGCCCAAGGACCGCUUGUAUGCCACAUAUUUUGGAGGAGAUGAAAAUUUGGGAUUAGCAGCGGACGAUGAAGCAAGAGACAUUUGGAGAGGCCUAUUGCCAGAGUCUCAUGUUUUGCCUUUUGGGUGCAAGGAUAACUUUUGGGAGAUGGGUGACUCUGGCCCCUGCGGACCUUGCUCAGAAAUUCACUUCGACAGAAUAGGAGGUCGGGAUGCUAGUUCGUUGGUGAACAUGGAUGAUCCGAAUUGCUUAGAAAUUUGGAACUUGGUGUUUAUACAGUUCAACAGAGAACAGGACGGGUCUCUGAAGGUAUUGCCGGCCCAACAUGUUGAUACGGGACUGGGAUUUGAAAGGGUGACAUCAGUUUUGCAAGAGAAGAUGAGCAAUUAUGACACUGACCUCUUUACACCAAUUUUUGGAGCAAUUCAGAAGGCUACAGGUGCUCGAGAGUAUUCAGGCAAAGUUGGAAAAGAUGAUACCGACAACGUCGACAUGGCUUACAGAGUUGUGGCUGACCAUAUUCGAACACUUUCAUUUGCGAUUGCCGAUGGUUCACGCCCCGGUAAUGAAGGGCGAGAAUAUGUUUUGCGUAGAAUGUUAAGAAGAGCUGUUCGUUAUGGGCGAGAAGUGUUGAAAGCUCAGGAAGGUUUUUUCAGUGGAUUGGUAGAUAUUGUUGUAGAAGUUAUGGGCGAAGCAUUCCCUGAGCUUAAGAAGAAUCAGGCAAAGAUUAAGGAAAUCAUUUCAGAGGAAGAGAGCAGUUUUAGUCGCACCCUGGUGAAGGGUAUCGAAAAAUUCAAGAAGGCAGCCGCAGAAGUAAAGGACGGUGUUCUUGGUGCGCAGGAUGCGUUCAUUCUGUGGGACACGUUUGGGUUUCCUAUUGAUCUUACAGAGCUUAUGGCAGAGGAGAUGGGACUCAAGGUCGACAAGGAAGGGUUUAAUAGGACCAUGGAAGAGGCCCGAGAGAAGGCUCGAGGUGCUCGUGGGAAGGCCGGAGGCAAGGCUUUAGUAAUGGAGGCAGAGGCGACAUCUCAGUUGCAAAAGCUUGGAAUUUUGCCAACGGAUGAUAAGCCUAAAUAUAUAUGGCACAAGAAUCCCACCGUAACUGUCAAGGCCAUCUUCACCUCAUCAGGGUUUGAGGAAUCCACAUCUGAUGAAGAUGUGGGUAUUGUUCUGGAUACUACAAGCUACUACGCCGAACAAGGAGGGCAGAUUUAUGAUACGGGAGUUUUGGAAGGUCCAAAUGGUGCUUUUACAGUGAGGGAGGUCCAGAUUUAUGGUGGCUAUGUUCUUCACAUUGGCUCAAUAAACAAUGGUGGUAAAAUUUCUGUUGGAGACAAAGUCACAUCUCAGGUGGAUUAUGCAAGACGUGCAGUCGUCGCUCCCAACCAUACGUGCACACAUCUUCUGAAUUAUGCCCUUAAGGAAGUGUUGGGAGACCAUAUUGAUCAGAAGGGUUCUUUGGUUGCCCCUGAUAAGCUGCGUUUCGAUUUUUCUCAUGGCAAACCAAUCGACUCUAAGGAUUUAGGGGAAAUUGAGGCCAUAGUAGCACAGCAGAUUCGUGAUGGAAUGACGGUAUAUGCGAAGGAAGCUAGCCUGGCUGAGGCCAAGCGGAUCAUGGGUCUUCGUGCUGUUUUUGGCGAGGUUUAUCCCGACCCUGUACGAGUUGUUGCGAUUGGAAGGCCCGUUGAGGAUCUUCUUGCUGAUCCUGAAAAUCCAAACUGGGCCAAACUGUCCACCGAGUUCUGUGGAGGCACCCACUUGAGCAACACGAAGGAAGCCGAAGCCUUUGCAUUGGUUUCAGAAGAGGGUAUUGCAAAGGGCGUAAGACGAGUAACUGCACUUACGAUGGGUGCCGCAAAGGAAGCCAUUCAUCAAAGUGAAGUGUUCAGUAGUCAAAUUGAUAAGGCUAGCAAGUUGGAAGGUCCAGCUCUUGAAAAGGAAGUUGCAUCCCUAAAAAAUUCGUUAGAAAACGUUGUUAUCCCAGCCGCCAAGAAGGCUGAAUUUCGUACUCGAUUGGGCGAACUUCAGGAACGGAUUAGGAAGGCUCAGAAGGCUGCUGCAGGGUCGAAUUUGCAAACGGCACUUAAUGGAGCUGUGUCUUCUGCUGAUACUGCAGUUGCUCAAAAUCAACCAUUCUGUGUGCUUAGAAUUGAUGUUGGUUUGGAUACCAAUGCUGUCAGGGAGGCCGUCACCCUCGUAAUGGAAAAGCACAAGGACCUGGCAGUGAUGAUAUUUAGUGUUGAUGAGCAGAAGAACAAGGUGCUUGUGUACGCAGGUGUGCCUGAUUCUGCUGCCAAACAGGGUUUAAAAGUACUGGAUUGGCUACGGGGAAGCUUGGCCCCCGUCAACGGCAAAGGUGGUGGUGGCAAAAACGGACUUGCACAGGGACAGGGUGGAAAUGCUGCUGGCAUUGACGAGGCCUUGACAGUGGCUAAGGACUUUGCUACCAAAGUUUUCGGGGCUUAAUGAAUUGAUAUUUCUUCAUCGCACCUUCAAAAAUCCAUGAAAUAUUGCAUUGUGUUGUUGUUCAGUCUAGAUUUAAGCUAGAAUUUGGACCCUUGGUCUCUUGAAGGAAUUGUGGAGUUGCUGCGGGCAGUUAGCCUCGUAUCUACAAUUUAUGCUCCUUUCAGCUCCCCUAUCAUUUGGGGUGAAUCUUUAUGUAGUGGUGUCGUAUCUUAUCGUUUCACUGUGAAAGGCAUGGCAUUGUACACCUUGGAAGUUGUCCAGCACAACAUUAUCGUGGUUAAAAGGACUAUGCUUUACAGUUGUAA